AGUCACCGGAAGUGCCGCCCCGGGCAGCGGAGUAAGGGAGCAGCGGUCCUCGCGGUUCUUGGCGAGCAUGUCAGAAAGAAACUGCUUCUUGAAGGAGAAACGGUAUAAGGAAACAUUAGAAUGAAAAAAAUUUGCUGAAGGAUGAUGUCUGGAUUGAAGCGUGCAUGGGACAUUAUUUAAAUGACCUGCUGUUAAAAAAAAAAGGUAAGCUUGCAGUCAUGUUCAGCAUUGUUGCUUUUUCCUCUAGCAGAGGGAAGAAUUAAUUAUUAUGAGUAGUUCUGGAUUAGAGACCUUGUGGAUCCGAAAGAAUAAGUCUUUGGGUUCUUGUUAAGAAAGCCGUUUUUUUAAUUUUGAUUUUUCUCAAGACCAAAAAGUGAAUACUACCUGUCAUCUGUCUACAUUAUUGGUUUGGAGGUACCAAGUAUAUGAUGCUGGAAAAUUUUAAACACAAACUGCUAAUGAAUGAAAGGCUUAAAACAGAUAUAUUUUUUAAGCUACCAGAAAAAUGACUAUGAAAACGGGGAUCAAGAAGACUGAUGGAAAACAAUUUAGGAGGAAACCAUAGAAAAUGUACACUUCAGAAGAGAAAUGUAACCAGAGAACUCAAAAAAGGAAAAUACACCAUGUAUGCCCUCAGAAGGGGAAAAAGAUUUAUAUUCGUGUACAUGAGAUUACUCAAAUAGAUAAUCAAAUAUAUCAGUGCCUUGAACGUGAACAAAACUUUUGUGAAAACUUAGCACAAAUGUGUGAAAGAACAUAUACUGGGGAGAAACCUUAUAGAUGUGAUAUGUGUGAGAAAACCUUCAUCCAAAGUUCAGAUCUUAUUUCCCACCAGAGGAUCCAUAAUUAUGAAAAACCUUAUAAAUGUAGCAAAUGUGAGAAGAGCUUUUGGCACCACUUAGCCCUUUCAGGACACCAGAGAACACAUGCAGGUAAAAAGUUUUACACCUGUGACAUCUGUGGCAAGAAUUUUGGUCAGAGCUCUGAUCUGCUUGUCCAUCAGCGAAGCCAUACAGGUGAAAAACCUUAUCUGUGUAACGAAUGUGAUAAAUGCUUCAGUCGAAGUACAAAUCUCAUAAGGCACCGAAGAACUCACACAGGUGAGAAACCAUUUAAGUGUCUGGAAUGUGAAAAAGCUUUUAGUGGAAAAUCAGAUCUUAUUAGCCACCAAAGGACUCAUACUGGUGAAAGGCCCUACAAAUGCAAUAAAUGUGAGAAAAGUUACCGACAUAGGUCCGCCUUCAUUGUGCAUAAAAGAGUUCAUACUGGAGAGAAGCCGUAUAAGUGUAGUGCCUGUGAGAAGUGCUUUGGCCAGAAAUCAGACCUUAUCGUACACCAGAGAAUCCACACAGGUGAGAAACCUUAUAAAUGCUUGGAGUGUAUGAGAAGUUUUACUCGGAGUGCCAACCUCAUUAGGCACCAGGCAACUCACACUCAUACUUUCAAAUGCCUUGAAUAUGAGAAAAGUUUCAACAGUAGCUCAGACUUUAUUGUACAUCAGAGAAUUCAUAUGGAAGAAAAACCACAUCAAUGGUCUGUGUGUGAGAGUGGCUUCCUCCUAGGUAUGGACUUCGUUGCCCAGCAGAAAAUGAGGACUCAAACAGAGGAGCUCCAUUAUAAAUAUGGUGCAUGUAAUAAAAGCUUUCAUCAUAGCUCAGCCCUUCUUCAACAUCAGACAGUGCACAUUGAUGACGAAUACAUCUGUAAUAUGAGUGAAAAAGGGCUUGAUCUCAGCUCUCAUGCAUCAGAAACCUCAAGGAUGUCUUGACAAGUCACAUAACUUUAAAAAUAUAUUUAUAUAUCAGAAUUCAGUAAGAGAAAGACUCCUAGGUAAAUUUCAGAUUUCCCUUCGAUCUCAGACUUCAUUGGGGUCCAGAGAAAGAGUCUACAGUCUUGGGAACUGUAAGAAAAGCUUUAUUGUAGAGAGUGGCCAUGUCAGGACACCUUUAUUGCCACACUUGGGAAGAACUCCACAAAUUCUCUGGGUUGGAAAACCUUCCUCACAAGAUUCAUGCAGGUAGGAAGCUUUACAAUGCAGUAUGAGAGCUGUCCAGUAGUGUUAAGCCCUCAUUUUUACAAGACAAUUCACACCAGAGAACAACCAUAUAAAUGUUUUGUGUUGGUAGUACCUCAGACAGUAUGUAUGCCUUAUUGGAUAUCAGAAAAUUCACCCUGGGGAGAAGCCCCAGACAUUACAGGAAAAUGCUUCUAAUAGAACUUUGAUUUUCUUACCCUUCAGAGAAGCCAUACUGGGGUAAAUGGAUAUUUGAGUGUGGCAAAAACAAUUGUUGGAGAGUCAUACAUGGGUUUGCAUUCUUCUAGACAAAAAUCAGAGUUCCUGAAUGAAGAAAACUUAUUAAUUUUCAGCACUUGGGGCAUAUCAGGGUACUCACAUUAGUGAAAACCCAUAAAUGCAUUGUGUCUGAGAAGCUAGAAAGAAGCUCCUAUCUAGUCGGGCCCCAGAGAACGAGUUCUACGGAGGAGUUGUUCCAGUAAGAGAUCUAAUUGUGGGUGAGAAUCUGUAUAUAUGCUGUGUAUGCAAAGAGCUGUUCUCAUAGUUGAACCACAUUGUGGAAAAAAACAACAAAAAAAAACAACAACAACAACAACAAAAUGAGUUGUAUGGAAAUAAUGUCUUAGCAACCCAAAAGCUUGUUCUGGAGGUGCUGGGGCAGGUCAGCAUGGAUCUGGAGGGUAACUCAGGUAAAGAUGCUUUUCUUUUGUCUCAACCACUUGAUGAUUGCUUUAGUUUUACUUUAAAAAAAAUUCAUAUAUCCAAUAAAGGAAAGAAUGUAAUCUUGUGUAUAAGUAGGGCGUGGUUUAUUGUUGGAUUCGGAAAGCAGUGCUUUGACUUUUGCUUCCCAUUUUUUUUUUUUUUCUUAAAAUCUCUUGGCCAGAAUGAGAAUGGUGUGUGGCUAAGAAGCUCAGGAGUACUCAGUUUGGGUUAAAAUUCUUAGUACUUUCCCUUUGGCGUGACCAUCCUCAGCAAAAAGCAGAGCACUCAGUUCUUUCGCUUAGUGUUGACAUCUGCCCUCAGAAUUGUCCCAACUUGUCUAAAAUUGACCUUAAAAUUUCUUUUUGAGUUAUCACUGGGGCCAUUGAAAUUUCAUAUUUAUAGGUUCAUUUAUUUUCAUGUAAAAAUAACAAGUUUUAGGAUACUGGUGAAGAUAAUAAUAUUCAGGUUUUUGUGACUUGCUUCAUCUCUUUUAGUGAUAGAUACUGUAACAGCUGGCUUAAAGCAGAAGGAAUAGGGGGCAAAUUGUAAGCCAGAGAAAGUAGAGGAGAAGGACACUGAUUUUGAGGGUCCUGACUCUAAAGCUAAUAAUGUUCUUCUUCAUUCUAUUAUCCUGAUACUUUUAGCAAAUUAAGCUUCAUAAUGACAAUUUUUUCAUUUAUUUCAGUUGUAUCAAGGAAAGAGAAAUACAAUUUAAUUCCAGGGAAAGGAUUACAGUCAAUACAAUAUAAGGUAUAUUCUUGGUUUGGAUUGCAGGAUUCUAAAUGUUAGAAAAGUAGUCAGCGUAUUGACCUGAAGUAUAAGGAUAAAUAUGUGUUUCUACUUUAGUAGGGUAACUGAUUGUCUUUCAUAUUCUUUGGAUAGCUCAUGACCCAAGCAUCUGUCUAAUGGUUACUUCUCAUUUGCUUUCUUUGACUUAAAAGACUUAAUACAAAUAUUUCAAGUUCUUGUAUAUUUGGGACUAUAUGGAAUUAUAAUUUUAUUGCUAAUCAUCAUCCUGGUUUUGUUGCAAUCUGUUUAGUGAACCCCUAUAGUCCAGGGUAUUAAUGUUUGGAGUCACAAAAUUGGUCCAGUGGUACCUUACAUGUGGCUUAACCUAAUAAUUGUUUAAUAAUCAUAAUCUUAAGGCCAGUGAAUUUAGUUCAGUAAAGAAUCAGGUUCAAAUAUUUUUCCUUUUAGAAAAUUGAUUAUGUUGGUUGUUUUGUUUGUUUUUGUUGGUUUGGUUUGGUUUGGUUUGGUUUUCUGAGACUGGGUUUCUCUGUGUAGCCCUGGCUGCCCUGGAACUAGCUAUGUAGACCAGACUGGCUUGAAAUCUACAGAGAUCCUCCUGCCUCUGCCUCUCUAGUAGUGGGAUUAAAGGCAUGCACUACCAUUACCUGGCUCUGUGUCAGAUUUUUUGAUCUACCAUGUUUCAGUGAUUUUUUUUAUAAAUAAUUUUAGUACUAUGAAAAAUUAUCCAUUGUGAUAAAUACAGAUGAGAUGUAUAUUUUUCUCUUUAGGGAAAAUCAUGCCUAUCACUAGCAAAAGUUUGAAAAUUGUGAUUCUUAACAUAAUACUGGGUAUAUGACAAUAUAAAAUAUGACAAUAUAAAAAAAAGUCAUAAUAGACCAUGGAGAAAGAGGCAAAGCUUAAAACAUUAGUAGGUUGGUAACUUACCCUUCCUUUAGCCUGUCUCACUGGUAAUUGUCUAUAGUCUCAAAUUAAAUUAACAGUGGACAAUUCCUCAAACAGAGCUUUGAGGAUGUAAAACAGGCCUGAGGCCUUUUAACUGUGAUAAGAAGGUGUUGGUAUUACAUAACAUAACCUGAGGUUGGAGAGGACCACAUGGGAGCCUGUAACCAAAGCUAGAAGGUAACUUCUGGGAUGGAAGGAGGUUCCCUUGAAGCAGUGCCAACGCAAAUCUACCUCAGGUAAGUAGUCAGAGUAACUUUUUCAAGAUUUCAGACCAAAUGAAAUAAAUUAUAUUCCAUCCAUGUACACCUCUAUGCUUAUUGUUUCUGUUUACCUUUAAUUCUUAAAUAAAUAUUUGUUCUGAAAAAA